CGAGAGGACACAAUACGACACGACACGACACGACACGACACGACACGACUCGAUGCUGAUGCCAUACUAUAAGUAGAACACAUUAUUGUAUUGAUUGUAAGACACAAACCACGAGUGAUCGAGGUCUUGGACACAACAAGAGACAACAAAGGAAGAAAGGAACAAAGGAAGCAAGCAAGCAAGGAACGAAAAUGCACGGCCGCCACCACCUGCCCCUUCGAAUCGCCCGCCGGUUUCUGUCGGGGGGACGAGAACGACAAAGAGCAAUCUCCGCCGGGAUUCCAGCGGCCGGGCUUUUCGGCUCGCCGGAACUACCGCUUUCCAGCGGGCACCGCCGGAGCUUCUCCAGGACCACGGGCAACGACAACGACAACGACAACGACACCGACGAGUACGAGUACGACCAGAGCCUCGACUACGACUACGACUACGACUACGGGGAACCCCUUUCCGGGCCGGGGACCGCCCUGGUGGUGGGAUCCUCCGGCUGCCUCGGCAGGGCGAUCGCCCACCACCUUUCGGGGGACCUGGGGGUCCGCGUGAUCGGGGCCGACGUCCGUCCCCCGGGGGAGGAGGACCUCCCGCUCCUGGCCGGCGGCUUUGUCGAGCUUCCCUCGGGAGACCCUUGGGGGGACGCAAGCGGCAAGACCGAUCCAGGGGCCCCUCCCCGGCCCGCCUCCCUCCCGGACCUGACCGUGGCCCUGGAGGAGGGCCUGCGGGGGCUCCUCCCCGAKGGGGGCCUGGACGCUUUGGUCUGCGCUUCCGGGGCCUGGGAGGGGGACCCCUCCGGACCGGAAGACGCCCUCUCGCAGGCGCUGGUGGCCGAGCGGAUGCUGGGGGCGAACCUCUACCCGGUCCUGGCGGCCGGGUCCGUGGCGGGGAGCUUUUUCGCCAGCGGCGGCCUCUUUGUCGCCCUUGGGGCCACGGCCGCCCUGGGAGGGACCCCGGGCAUGCUGGGCUACGGGGCCUCCAAGGCCGCCGUCCACCACGCCCUCACCACCCUCGGGGAGUCCACCGGGAGGGCGGUCACGGGCCGGUCCAAGCGCAGGGCCACCYKCAAGAUGCGCAGGGAGAAGGAGCACCUCAAGGACCUCACGGUUUUGGGCGUCCUCCCGUCGACGAUCGACACGCCGGCCAACCGGGAGGCCAUGCCGGACCAGGACGCCUCGGAGUGGACCAAGCCGGGGGACCUGGCCAAGGAGAUCGGCUUGUGGCUGGCCGAGCCCUCCCUCCGGCCGCACUCGGGGAGCCUCCUGAAGGUCCGGCCCUCCAAGAACGGGAMCGGCGCCGACUUUUCGGUGGCCCGGUAGCAAGCCCGGAGAGCGUGCGCACUCCAUCGAACAAAACAAAACAACACGAAUCCGGUCGUUCUUGGAAUUGGGUUUGGGGUUUUUUCGCCACCGUACGGUAAAGUACCAUGCUAGGAUGCUGGGGUUGCACGAAACGAAAAAAGUAGUUUUUACUUAAAGUAGGGCAACAUUCAUAUUCUAUACAAGAAAAAAGGCCGAUCGAUGGAGGGUUGGUUGGCAGCCUGCCUAAGGCAAAAGCUUGCCCCCGCGGUCGAUCGCGUUCUUGGUGCCGGCCGUGACAAAACGACGCUCUCUCCGAACCGCGGCGCAGCGACGGUGUGUUGUAUAGUAUAUAGUGCGUGUGUG